GCGGGCGGUGGCGGGGUGGGUGGUGCCCCCGCCGCUCCCUCGGUGUGUGUGGGAGGUGGGGCAGGAAGCGCCGGGCGCGUCCGUCUUUCCCCGCCCCCCUCGCGGCCUUCCCGCCGCCGGUAUCCAGGGACGCGGGCCGGUUGCUGUGAAGGGAGAGUGGCCGCCAUGGUGCGGCUGCACGUGAAGCGCGGCGAUGAGAGCCAGUUCCUGCUGGAGGCGGCCGGCAGCGCCCCCCUGGCCGAGCUGGCGCCCCUCGUCGCCCGCAUCUACAACGGGAGGCUGAAGGUGCAGCGCCUCUGCUCAGAGAUGGAGGAGUUGGCCGAACAUGGUGUUUGCUUGCCUUAUAAUAUGCAAGGACUGACAGACGAGCAAAUCGAAGAACUGAAGUUAAAGGAUGAGUGGGCAGAAAAGUGUGUACCAAGUGGUGGAAGUGUCUUCAAGAAGGAUGUAAUGGGGCGAAGAAAUGGACACGCUCCAAAUGAAAAAAUGCAGCAAGUUAUAAAGAAGACAAUAGAGGAAGCCAAGGCAUUAAUCUCUAGGAAACAAGUUCAGGCCAAUGUGUGUGUUAAUAUGGAGAUGGUGAAAGAUGCCUUGGACCAGCUCCGAGGGGCUGUGAUGAUUGUGUAUCCAAUGGGAUUGCCUCCACAUGAUCCAGUCAGGAUGGAGUUUGAAGAUAGAGAAGACUUGUCGGGAACUCAUGCUGGACUCGAAGUUAUAGAAGAAUCACAAGCACAGUUAUGGUGGGCAGGAAAGGAGUUGAAAGAAACAAAGUUGCUCUCUGACUAUGUUGGUAAAAAUGAGAAAACUACCAUCAUUGUCAAGAUACAGAAAAAAGGACAAGGAGCUCCAGGGCGUGAACCUCUGAUUAGUCAUGAAGAGCAAAAACAGAUGAUGCUGUAUUACUACAGAAAGCAGGAAGAACUUAAGAAACUAGAAGAGGAUGACGAUGACUCAUUUCUAAAUGCUGAGUGGGCGGACAACCAUGCUUUGAAAAGGCAAUUUCAUGGUGUAAAAGACAUCAAAUGGGGGCCGAGAUGAAGCUCUGCAAACACCUUUUUGCCUCUUUAAUCUGUUUGGUCGAUACACUUGUUUGCGGUAGAUUCUGCUGACAAAAGUGGAAGUUUUCAUUUCUGUAGCAGAUACCUGUUCCAGCCAUAGGUUUUCAAUAACUGUUUACAUUGCAGCAUUUUUCUCUACAAAGCAUAGAAUCAAUCCCAUUGAAGUUUGUUAUUUUAUUAGAAACUUGUAAUUUGAAUAUUGAAAUAGUAAACUAUUUCAUAGAUCAUAUAUCUAGUAAAUAUGCACUAGAAUGUU